AUGCCUAAGUCAGGGUACACAGAUCCUCGUGUUCUGGAGAAACAGGAGCAACAACAGCCCACCUACCUGGCCCUGAGCUACAUCAACAGGUUUAUGACGGACGCGGCACGUCGGGAGCAGGAGACCCUGAAGAAGAAGGCCACACCCAAACUUUCCCUGUCAAUCACAGGUGGCGUGUCUCGGAACAGCGUGGCCACACCUCCACGGCACAGCAACGGCAACCUGACUCCCCCCGUGACUCCUCCCAUCACACCCUCCUCCUCCUUCCGUAGCAGCACGCCCACAGGCGCUUGGGUUAUGAGUCAUGAGGAUUCUGGGAAGGAGAAUGAGCUGGUGUUACUGUGGAAAUGGACAAGGGCCUCAUUUAGGCCCUUAAUUCCCCUGGGAAGAGAGCUCUUCUACCCCGGCUGGAAGCAGACGUAUUCUCAGGCCCCUGUUAGUUCACAGGUCAACAUCAGUAUAGCCGGCCAACACUUCACCACAACUUGA